GAGAUGUAUUAAAAAAUAGUAAUACUUUAUUAAAAGUUAACCAAUGAGAAAAUAAAAAAAUAAAGAAUCUAGAUGAAGAAGUGUUCUACAUACUUCAUCCAUAAAGGAACAAUCCUAACAAAAAAUCAAGAAAUUAAAUAGGUAUUUUAAGACAUAUGAGGAUCAGUAAACUUUUACUCAUUUCGCACAGGUGCAUCAAAAAGUA